GACGCCGACUCCCAAGUUAUCGAAGUCCUGUCCCCCUCUGCCAGUGCCCACGCCAACUCCACUACCAAUUCCGAGUCCAAUUCCGGGACCAAUUCCGGGAUCGGUGGUGGGAAGGAUCGAACUGCCAUUGGGUUUCUGUUUAUUCGGUUAGAGUACGUGCCCGCAGGCAGACCUCCCGGUGAGGCGGAUGUAGUG